CACUUAUAUAUCGUUUGCCAUCAAUUUCGAAAUGGGGCUUGCCUAGAUACGCCCCUAAAAGAUAUAUUAUCAGUUGAUCUCGACAGAUUUUCCCAUCAGCACUUGGACAUCCUUCCCCAGCUGCUCCGGUCGUCCAACGGCAACUUUCCCACUGUCCUAGUGGUUCCGGGCACCGUCUUGCCCUACGCCAAUUCCCUUUUCCUUUCAAGGCACACUCACAGACAAGCAUGCCUCAAGAGUUCACUACCAAGGUCGGCCACGGCUUGGCCAAAGCCUUGGGGAUCAAGCUACCCUAUCGGGAUCCUCUUGGAGCCCAUGCAGACCCCGUGACACGAGGCGAAUCGACCUUCUCAUACGGCACCAUUGACACUUACUCUUACCUCGAGCCGGAACCCACCUCUGCUGAAUGGCUCAAAGAGAUUUGUCCUUCCUGGCGCGAUGUUGGCGAGUACUUCUACCGACUCUUCCCCUUCCUCUCGUGGAUCACAAGGUAUAACCUGCAAUGGUUCGUUGGUGACCUUGUCGCUGGUGUAACUGUUGGUGCUGUUGUCAUUCCUCAAGGAAUGGCAUAUGCCAAACUGGCGGAGCUACCCGUGCAGUACGGUCUCUAUUCGUCGUUUAUGGGUGUGUUGCUGUAUUGGUUUUUCGCCACCUCCAAGGAUAUCACCAUCGGUCCGGUUGCUGUUAUGUCCACACUGGUCGGAACGAUCGUCCUCCAGGCCGAGAAGGAGCUUCCUGAUGUCCCCGGGCAUGUGGUUGCGUCUUGCCUCGCUAUCAUCUGCGGUGCCAUCGUCUGUGUUCUCGGCCUCCUUCGACUUGGUUUCGUCGUCGACUUUAUCCCCCUUCCCGCCAUUUCGGCAUUCAUGACGGGCUCGGCCCUCAACAUUGCUGCUGGUCAGGUCAAAAAUCUGCUUGGAGAAUCGGCCGACUUUUCCACCAGAGGCUCCACGUACAUGAUCAUCAUCAACUCACUAAAGUACUUGCCUACUGCCGAUAUCAAUGCUGCUCUUGGUAUCACAGCCUUGGCCAUGCUGUAUAUCAUCCGUUCGAUUUGCAAUUAUGGUGCCCGGAAAUACCCUCGUCAAGCCAAAGUUUGGUUCUUCGCGUCGACGCUCCGAACCGUCUUUGUCAUCCUUUUUUACACCAUGAUCAGUGCUGCUGUUAACUUGCACCGCCGGGAUAACCCAAUGUUCAACCUUCUGGGCAGUGUUCCUCGAGGUUUCAGAGAUGCAGGAGUUCCAGUUGUCAAUGCCAGGGUCAUCAAAGUUUUUGCCGAUCAGCUACCUGCUUGCGUCAUUGUCCUCCUCAUUGAACAUAUUGCCAUCUCGAAGUCGUUCGGCCGAGUCAACAACUACACCAUUGAUCCGUCUCAGGAGCUGGUCGCUAUCGGCGUGACCAACCUCCUCGGACCCUUCCUGGGUGCAUACCCUGCCACUGGAUCCUUUUCCCGGACGGCCAUCAAGUCCAAGGCGGGUGUACGGACCCCCUUGGCUGGCUGCAUUACCGCGAUUGUGGUAUUACUCGCUAUUUACGCCUUGACUGCCGUUUUCUACUACAUCCCCCAAGCCGCCCUUUCCGGUGUCAUCAUUCAUGCCGUUGGAGAUUUGAUCACACCUCCUAACACCGUGUACCAGUUCUGGCGCGUCUCACCCCUCGAUGCCAUCAUCUUCUUCAUCGGCGUCAUCGUGACUGUUUUCACCUCGAUCGAGGAUGGCAUCUACUGUACCAUUUGUGUCUCCGUGGCCGUGCUGCUAUUCCGCGUCGCCAAGGCCCGCGGUCAUUUCCUUGGCCGGGUCACUAUUCACUCCGUCGUCGGCGAUCAUUUGGUGCAGGGAGAUGGCAAGUACGGAUCGGGCAAUUCCCCGAAUUCGCCCAACGAUGACGAGACCGAUUCACGCCGUUCCAUCUUCCUUCCUCUCAACCACACCGAUGGCUCGAACCCCGAGGUUGAGGUGGAACAGCCACACCCUGGUAUCUUUAUUUACCGGUUCUCCGAGGGCUUCAACUACCCCAAUGCCAACCACUACACAGACUACCUGGUUCAAGCGAUCUUCCGUCAGACGCGCCGCACGAAUCCAUUUUCUUACGCUCGCCCGGGUGAUCGCCCAUGGAAUGACCCUGGCCCUCGGAAGUCCAAGGUUGAGGAAACUCGCUCGCAACGACCUAUUCUCCGGGCUAUCAUCCUCGACUUUUCGUCGGUCAACAAUGUGGAUGUGACGUCCAUCCAAAACCUGAUCGACGUUCGCAACCAGCUUGAUCUCUACGCCUCUCCUCGCACUGUGCAGUGGCACUUUGCUCAUAUCAACAACCGCUGGUCGAAACGGGCGCUGGCAGCCGCAGGUUUCGGCUACCCGACCCCCACCUCCGACGACGGGUUCCACCGGUGGAAGCCAAUCUUCAGCGUGGCUGAGAUCGAGGGCAGAGCGUCUGCUGCGGCCCAUGCAGAGAUGGUCAACAACGAGCAGGCCCAUCAACACGCCGUGAAGCGUGACCUGGAGGAGGGUCUCAAGCAUGACACUCACAUGACGGAGCGCGAGGCUUCGGGGAUCGACAUUGAAGCGUCGUCCGAUAAUAGCAGCAACCCGGAUGACAAGUUACAGCGCGAUCUCAAGGAUAGCAAGGCCUAUCGCAAUCGGCGCAAGGUUGCGGUGGUGCAGGGCAUCAACCGGCCUUUCUUCCACAUUGACCUCACGAGUGCGCUCGAGAGUGCCUUGGCCAAUUCUCCUCCGGAGGAGCCGAUCGAGGCGCCGAGCGAUGAGGCGAGCGUUUGAGCCAAGUAUGGUUUGCCAAAAGUAACGAGUCUCCC